GGCCGCCGCGCGGAGCCCGGGGCUGCCCGCUGUUUGCAGAAAGAAGAAAGAUGGAAAGUAAUGCAGUUUUGCUAGAAUCAAAGUCCUCGCCGAUAAAUCUUCUGAACGAAAUGCAUCAGCUGCGUCUUCUGGGCCAUCUUUGUGAUGUGACGGUUAGCGUGGAGUAUCAAGGUGUCAGGGGAGAGUUUGUUGCUCACAAAGCUGUAUUGGCAGCAACAAGCAAGUUCUUCAAGGAGGUGUUUCUUAAUGAGAAGAGCAUGGAUAGCUCAAGGACAAAUGUGUUCUUGAAUGAGGUCCAGGUAGCUGAUUUUGCUUCAUUUCUUGAGUUUGUCUAUACUGCCAAGGUAGAAGUGGAGGAAGACCGAGUGCAACGUAUGCUGGAAAUAGCUGAAAAGCUUAAGUGCUUGGACCUGUCUGAAACCUGUUUUCAGCUGAAGAAGCAGAUGCUUGAAUCAGUGUUGUUGGAGUUGCAAAAUUUCUCUGAAUCGCAGGAUGCUGAGGACGACAGUGGUACCCAAUCAAAUGCUUUAGUUGAGUUGAAGCCAACUGUUGUGGCGGAAGGUGACCGUACAGACUGUCCUCCUGAUUCUCCCAAUUCCCCCAUGGAAAGACCCAGCAAUGGAGUGUCUCCUGAGAGGCCAACUGCCAAAUCAAAAGAGAAGGUUGACAAGAAAAAAGAAACCAUGAAGCCUCCUUAUGCCAAAAUCAGAAGGGCCAGUGGGAGGCUGGCUGGGAGGAAAGUAUUUGUAGAAAUCCCCAAAAAGAAGUACACAAGGCGGUUGAGAGAGCAACAGAAGAAUGCUGAGGAUGCUACUGAAGAGAACAAGUUCCCGAAAGACCAAAUCAUGCAUGAUGUGGAGAAGGAAGAGGGGCAAGUGGAAAACAGUGUGAAGCCUGAGAAUGAAGAGUGCAAUGGCAACUUUGAAUUAGAAGACAACUUUCAAAAAUCAGAGGAGGAUAAGAAGAAACGAGGCGGCAAUUUCAAAUGCAGCACCUGCAAGAAGGAAUUCUUGUAUGAGAAGAGCUUUCUCAAGCACAUAAAGCACAGUCAUGGCAUUGCGGCUGAAAUCAUUUACCGGUGUGAAACCUGCAGUCAGACCUUUGCCAACCGGUGCAAUUUAAAAAGCCACCAACGCCACGUCCACACCAGUGAGCGCCACUUCCCUUGUGAACUCUGUGGUAAGAAGUUCAAGAGGAAGAAGGACGUCAAGAGGCACAUUCUUCAGGUUCAUGAGGGUGGUGGGGAGCGUCAUCAGUGCCAACAGUGUGGAAAGGGUUUGAGCUCCAAAACUGCUUUGAGGCUUCAUGAAAGGACGCAUACAGGCGACAAGCCUUAUGGGUGCACAGAGUGUGAGGCUAAAUUUUCUCAGCCUUCUGCACUUAAAACACACAUGAGAAUCCACACUGGUGAGAAACCUUUUGUCUGUGAGGAAUGUGGUGCAAGAUUCACACAGAAUCACAUGCUUAUAUAUCAUAAAAGGUGUCAUACAGGGGAAAGGCCUUUUAUGUGUGAAACAUGUGGGAAGAGCUUUGCCUCUAAGGAGUACUUGAAACACCAUAAUAGAAUACAUACCGGAUCCAAGCCGUUUAAAUGUGAAGUUUGCUUCAGAACAUUUGCACAGAGGAAUUCGCUUUACCAGCAUAUUAAAGUUCACACGGGUGAACGGCCCUAUUGUUGUGAUCAGUGUGGUAAGCAGUUCACACAGCUCAACGCGUUGCAGCGCCAUCAUCGAAUACACACGGGCGAGAAACCGUUCAUGUGCAAUGCGUGCGGGCGAACGUUCACGGACAAAUCGACCUUGCGGCGGCACACUUCAAUACAUGAUAAGAAUACACCCUGGAAGUCGUUCCUGGUUAUUGUUGAAGGAGUGUCGAAGAACGAUGAAGGUCACAAGACAGAGCUUCCUGAUGAAGAGUAUCAUGUGUCACCUAAAAUAACAGACAAGUUGCUGUCUUUUUCUGAAAAUGGCCACUAUCAAAACUUGACUGCUGUCCCAGGGAGUGUGACUGCACUGCACGACAACAGUUCUACCAUCGUGACAGACUGCAAAUCGGAUGGGACUGUGGGACCCCAAGAAGCCCUCAUAGCUACCACCUUAAGUGAGCUUACGGUACUACAUACACAGACAGAUGCUAUUCAGCCACAGCUCCAUGCUCUGGUGAAUAUGGAAUAA